AAUUGCGCGCAGGUCGGGUCUCGCUUGACCCUAGCGCCUCCCCGCUUCCGGGCACACAGCGGACAGUUCCUCUUUAUCCUCUGCCGCUACUUCCUCUUUAUCCUCUGCCGCUCUUUCCACACGUCUCCUCCCCCAGGCUGCUUCCCUCUGGGGCGCCGGGCCAGGGAGGGGCUGCCGGGCCGGAGACGCCGGAUUGACGCCUGCCUCCGCUCGGGCGUGGGGUCAGCGGGGCGUCGGCGGGAGGGGUUCUGGAGGGGACAGCUGUCCCGGGGCGGGACCCCCUGUCCUCUUCACAGACGCGCCCCUGACAGUCGUGCCAGUCGCCGCCCUGGGCUCUGGGGACGUCCGAGGACGCAGGUGGCGGUUCCUCCCGCGGUUCCCGGCACUGUUACUUCCCCGAAUUCCCAGAACAACCCAUUUGAUAGGAAGUGGAAGCUGAGAAAAAUCGAGUAACUUAUCCACGUCACACAGCCACCAGAUAUUUGAAUCUCGUAUUUCCCACCACUUCGUGGCUUCCAGGCUCAUAAACAAGCAGUUGCAAAAUAGGAAUCUUGCUCUGUUGCCCAAGCUGGAGUGCAGUGGUACAAUCUCGACUCACUGAAACCUCCACCUCCUGGAUUCAAGCAAUUCUACCUGAGCCUCCGGAGUACCUGGGAUUACAGGACAGAGGCUUCUUCUCCUGCCAGAAGCCAGACAGCUGGCUCCAGCCUCUCCUGCUCAGCACCAUGGCUAAGACCCCUAGUGACCAUCUGCUGUCCACCCUGGAGGAGCUGGUGCCCUAUGACUUUGAGAAGUUCAAGUUCAAGCUGCAGAACACCAGUGUGGAGAAAGAGCGCUCCAGGAUCCCCCGGAGCCAGAUCCAGAGAGCCAGGCCGGUGAAGAUGGCCACUCUGCUGGUCACCUACUACGGGGAAGAGUAUGCCGUGCAGCUGACCCUGCAGGUCCUGCGGGCCAUCAACCAGCGCCUGCUGGCCGAGGAGCUCCACAGGGCAGCCAUUCAGGAAUAUUCCACACAAGAAAACGGCACAGACGAUUCUGCCGCGUCCAGCUCCCUGGGGGAGAACAAGCCCAGGAUCCUGAAGACUCCAGACCACCCCGAGGGGAAGGAGGGGAACGGCCCUCGGCCGUACGGGGACGGGGCUGCCAGCCUGCGGUGCAGCCAGCCCGAGGCCGGGAGGGGGCUGUCGAGGAAGCCCCUGAGCAAACAAAGAGAGAAGGCCGCAGAGGGCCUGGACGCGCAGGGCAAGCCUCGGACCCGGAGCCCGGCCCUGCCCAGCGGGAGAAGCCCCGGCCUCUGCAGGGCGCCAGAGGGGCACCAGGCCGAGGUCCAGCUGCGCAGGAACGCCAGCUCCGCGGGUAGGCUGCAGGGGCUGGCGGGGGGCGCGCCGGGGCGGAAGGAGUGCAGGCCCUUCGAAGUGUACCUGCCGUCGGGAAAGAGGCGGCCUCGAAGCCUUGAGUUCACCAUUUCUGCAGGGGAGAAGGCGCCCGCAAAUCCAGAAAUUCUUCUGACUCUAGAGGAAACGACAGCUGCGAAUCUGGACUCGGCAACAGAACCCCGGGCAAGGCCCACUCCGGAUGGAGGGGCAUCUGCGGACCUGGAGGAAGGCCCUGGGAAUCCAGAACAUUCGGUCACCGGAAGGCCACCAGACAAGGCUGCGAGUCCCCGUUGCCACGCCCAGGAAGGAGACCCAGUUGGCGGUACCUGUGUGCGUGAUUCCUGCAGCUGCCCUGAGGCAGUUUCUGGGCACCCCCAGGCCUCAGGCAGCCGCUCACCUGGCUGCCCCCCGUGCCAGGCCUCCCAUGAAAGGAAGAGCACGGGAAGCCUAAGCCCCCAGCCCCUGCCACAGUGUAAGCGCCACAUGAAGCAGGUCCAGCUGCUCUUCUGCGACGAUGACAGUGAGCCCGUCUGCCUCAUCUGCAGUCUGAGUCAGGAGCACCAAGGCCACCGGGUGCGCCCCAUUGAGGAGGCCGCCCUGGAACACAAGAAGCAAAUUCGGAAGCAGCUGGAGCAUCUGAAGAAGCUGAGAAAAUCAGGGGAGGAGCAGCGAUCCUAUGGGGAGGAGAAGGCAGUGAGCUUUCUGAAACAAACUGAAGUGCUGAAGCAGCGGGUGCAGAGGAAGCUGGAGCAGGUGUACCACCUCCUGGAGCAGCAAGAGCAUUUCUUUGUGGCCUCGCUGGAGGACGUGGGCCAGAUGGUUGGGCAGAUCAGGAAGGCAUAUGACACCCGCGUAUCCCAGGACAUCGCCCUGCUCGACGCGCUGAUUGGGGAACUGGAGGCCAAGCAGUGCCAGUCAGAAUGGGAGCUUCUGCAGGACAUCGGAGACAUCUUGCACAGGGCUAAGACAGUGCCUGUCCCUGAACAGUGGACCACUCCUCAAGAGAUGCAACAAAAGAUCCAAUUCCUCCACCGGAAGUCAGAGUUUGUGGAGAAGAGCGCAAAGUACUUCUCAGAAACCCUGCGUUCAGAAAUGGAAAUGUUGAAUGUUCCAGAGCUGAUUGGCGCUCAGGCACAUGCCGGUAAGUGCCCAGAUCAAGGCAAGUGGCCCUGGCCUGCUGGAUCUCUGUGCUCUCCCUGGCCACGUUCCAGAAGAACUACCCUAUCCCUGUUUCCUGCAGGUGGGGAGAAUCCUGUAGGGAUGUUGCCCAUGGACCCCUACCUAGGUAUUCAAAUUUUCUUUGCAGUUAAUGUGAUUCUAGAUGCAGAAACCGCUUACCCCAACCUCAUCUUCUCUGAUGAUCUGAAGAGUGUUAGACUUGGAAACAAGCGGGGGAGGCUGCCUGAUGGCCCGCAAAGAUUUGACAGCUGCAUCGUUGUUCUGGGCUCUCCAAGCUUCCUCUCCGGCCGCCAUUACUGGGAGGUGGAGGUCGGGGACAAGACAGCAUGGAUCCUGGGAGCCUGCAAGGCAUCCAUAAGCAGGAAAGGGAACAUGACUCUGUCGCCAGAGAAUGGCUACUGGGUGGUGAUAAUGAUGAAGGAAAAUGAGUACCAGGCGUCCAGCGUUCCCCCGACCCGCCUGCUAAUAAAGGAGCCUCCCAAGCGUGUGGGCAUUUUCGUGGACUACAGAGUUGGAAGCAUCUCCUUUUACAACGUGACAGCCAGAUCUCACAUGUAUACAUUCACCAGCUGCUCUUUCUCUGGGCCCCUUCAACCUAUCUUCGGCCCUGGGACACGUGAUGGAGGGAAGAACACAGCUCCUCUGACCAUCUGUCCAGUGGGUGGUCAGGGGCCUGACUGAAUGCCCAACGCUGCAUCUCUCUUCCUGCUUCUGGCCUUGUAUCUUGCAUUCACAUACUCAACAAUCACGGAAUGCCGACUAGGUGCUAGCUGCUAUGGGAAACGCAAAAAUAACAAAAUAGUUACUGUGCCCAAGGAGCCUACCUGAUUAUAGCAGAGGUAAGUUAGGAACGAACAUGUUAGUAAAUCAUCAUGGAUUUCAGAGGAGGAAGUAUGGGGUCGUUGCAUAAUCCGCCCCUGGUGAAUGGCACUGUCAGGUGCUCCUGAACAGAUUUGGCCCUCGUUUUCCCUCAGAACCCCAUGGCAAGGAUAUGUCCCCUUGUUCUCUCUGCUUCUGUCUUGAGGAUAUGGGAAGCCUAGAGAAACGCAAGCAGACUGGAUUGGGAUAGAAGUAUUUGUGUACCUGGAUUAAUGAACUAUGUUUUUUUUUUUUUUGAGAUGGGAUCUUGCUCUGUGGCCCAGGCUGGAGUGCAGUGGCACGAUCUCAGCUCACUGCAACCUCCACCUCCCAGGUUGAAGUGAUUCUCCUGCCUCAGCCUCCUGAGUAGCUGGGAUUACAGGCGCAUGCCACCACACCAGGCUAGUUUUCUUGUAUUUUUGGUAGAGACGGGGGUUUCACCACGUUAGCCACGCUGGUCUCGAACUCCUGACCUCAGGUAAUCCACCCGCCUCAGCCUCCCAAAGUGCUGGGAUUACAGGCAUGAGCCACCGCGCCUGGCCUAUGAUUCUUUUUUUUUUUUUUUUGAGACAAAGUUUUGCUCUUGUCGCCGAGGCUGGAGUGCAGUGGCGCAAUCUUGGCUCACUGCAACCUCCGCCUCCCGGGUUCAAGAGAUUCUCCUGCCUCAGCCCCCCAAGUAGCUGGGAUUACAGGCACCCACAACCAUGCCCGGCUAAUUUUUUGCAUUUUUAGUAGACAUGAGGUUUCAUCAUGUUGGCCAGGCUGGUCUCAAACUCCUGACCUCAGGUGAUCCACCCACCUCAGCCUCCCAAAGUGCAGGGAUUACAGGCAUGAGCCACCAUGCCUGGCCAUGAUUCUUAAGAGAAUUGACUGGGCCUCAUGAAUAAAAAAAUUAGAAAAUCUGGUCAUUUGCAUUUAUCACUCAAUCACUGUGGAAUCCCAUUUCCCAACUGCAUUUCGUGAAGCAGACGGAACUACUGUAUGGAAAAACAUUUGGCAUG